AUGGCGCAGAAUGAAAAGGGUAACGCUGCAGCGGAGAAAGUAAACGGAGGAGUUUCAUAUAUGGGGGUGAGAAAGAGGCGACGGGGAAGGUAUGCUGCUGAGAUCAAGAAGCGUGUGUGGCUUGGGACAUUCGAUAAGGCGGAGGAAGCUGCCAGAGCCUAUGAUGCGGCAGCGAGGUCGCUUCGCGGUCCAAAGGCCAAAACCAAUUUUCCUCCUCCAACGGACAACAUCCAUAGCAGCGGCGCUAAUGCGCUCUCAUCGCCAGCUGUGAAUGUGCACUCGUCCUCAGUUAGUAGUGCGGCGAGUUUCACGCAUCGAAUUCCUCGUUUUCCUGCUGCUUACGCUCCUUCACCGGCACGUGAUUAUCAGUAUUUGGAGGCUUUAACUGCAGCUCAAGUGAGUUAUAGCGAACCCAGUAGCCAAAGAGGGACCGUUGCUUUCUUUGGUGGUGGCGAUACUGUUAGUGGGUGUGGGAUCCCAAAUGAGUCUGAGUCAGACUCAGAGCCAGAGCUAGAGUUCAGCUUAUACAACUUUAUCGAUGUAACGCAACCAAGGGAGUCUCUCAAUCUGGACCUUAACCUUCCACCACCGGACAACAUGUGA